GGGGGAAGCGCUGAAGUGGUAGCAGCGGCGGCCUCUGCUGAGUUUUCUCUGGCCCAGAGCGCUCGGGCUGUUGGUCUAGCAGGGGGACUACCCUGAGGGGCCGCUGCGGGUCGCCGUCUUCGGAGGCACCGGCGAGGGCAGAGCCAACAGCCUCUUCACGGUGUUCUUCAGGACAGUUUUAUUUUAAGGAAUUCUUAGACUCAAGUAAACACCAUCAUUAAAAGAACUGAGAACUAUUACCAAUUCUUCCUUUGGAGUCCAUCUUCAAUGGAAAGGAGAAGGGAAAACCUUUUUUAAAAAGAAGAAAGAAAACUGAAGUUUUUGAUUUGACUAGAGAAAUAUUCAGAAGACUCCUUAUUUUCACCUAGUUGUAUCACAAAAUUGAGAAACAAACAUUAUCCCUUGACCAUGUAAAUUUUACACCACAUUAUGUCAACAGCAUGUACCUUCCACAUUGAUCAGAAAGAAGUGAUCUGAACUUUGACCAUUCUUUAUGGAUACAUUAAGUCAGAUAUAAGAGUCUGACUACUUGACACACUGGCUCGAGCAAACAUGAAUGUUGGAGUUGCCCAUAGUGAAGUGAAUCCAAAUACCCGUGUCAUGAACAGCCGGGGUAUGUGGCUGACAUAUGCAUUGGGAGUUGGCUUGCUUCAUAUUGUCUUACUCAGCAUUCCCUUCUUCAGUGUACCUGUUGCUUGGACUUUAACAAAUAUUAUACAUAAUCUGGGGAUGUACGUAUUUUUGCAUGCAGUGAAAGGAACACCUUUCGAAACUCCUGACCAGGGUAAAGCAAGGCUCCUAACUCAUUGGGAACAACUGGACUACGGAGUACAGUUUACAUCUUCACGGAAGUUUUUCACAAUUUCUCCAAUAAUUCUAUAUUUUCUGGCAAGUUUCUAUACGAAGUAUGAUCCAACUCACUUCAUCCUAAACACAGCUUCUCUCCUGAGUGUGCUAAUUCCCAAAAUGCCACAACUACAUGGUGUUCGGAUCUUUGGAAUUAAUAAGUAUUGAAAUGUUUUGAAACUGAACAAAAAUUUUUACAGCUACUGAAUUUCUUACAAGGAAGGAGUGGUUAGUAAACUGCACUGUUUCUGUGAUAAUGUGAAAUGAGAAGUAUUUACAUUGGAGGGCCAAUGGCUGGUCCUUCAAGUGCUGUUUUGAAGUGCAGAUUUCCAUUAAAUGAUGCCUCUGUUUAAUACACCUGGUACAUUUCUGAAGAGGGGGCUUUAUAAGCAGGCUGGGCAGGCCCAGCUUAUAAGUUAAAGGGCAUCACAGUGAGGGUGUAGUAGAUAAAUUCAAGGAAAUAAGAGACUUGUAAGAAACUAGGACCAGCUUAACUUAUAAUGAAUGGGCAUUGUGUUAAGAAAAGAACAUUUCCAAUCAUUCGGCCAUGGUUAUUUAAAGCAGACUUACAUGUAAACCGGAAUCCUCUCUAUACAAGUUUAUUAAAGAUUAUUUUUAUUACCAUACAUAUUUCUCUUGUUUUAUGUAAGAGGAUGUAUAUCCUCUUGUUUUAUACAAGCCAGUUCCCACUUUUGAGGGUACUUUUUUGGUUUUGCUGGCUCAAUAUUGUGUAUUGGGCAAUGAGGCCAUUUUUACAUUUAUUACGUUACAGAGUUCAUGGAGGUUCACCUUCGUAACUGAUUGGUGAUAAAAGAUAGCCAAGAAUCUUACAAGCAGCCUCUGAGUCAGUGUUCUAAUUUUGGAACAAAGCGGGUUUUACUGCUUUUCCAGACACAAGGCUGCUAAACCAAUUAAGAAAAUAAUUUAUUUCUUUCAAGCAACUAAAAAAAUAUGGUAAUUUAAAGGUGUCUGCUUAUUUGGUUGAACAAUUUAAUUGGGAAAGUUUGUCAUCAUUUGAAAAAGGAAAUAUAAAAGGAACAACCAUAUAGCCAACCUGUGGUCUGGCAGAAACAACGUCUCUAGCAAUAGUACCAAAGUAAGUAAUGGAGUCUUUUUUGGCAGGUCUGCAGUAAAAGAUAACAUUUUCUUUUCUUAGUAGUCCUCCUGCUCUCAACCCCCAUAUUUUGCCCAUUAAUAUUUUGCCUUUGAAUACGUGGGUUUUAGUAUAUAUAGCCCAAAAUGGUAACUGUCUCCAGAACAGCAACCACAUUGAAUUCUUGUGACUUAGGAAAGCUUCUUAUAGUUGCUGACAUUAAUUGCAAGAAAUAACUAUAUACUACUUUGAGAAGUAAACAUGUCAAAAAAAAAGUUCAGAUAUGGGACAAAAUUUAAAAAUUCAGUAACAUUUAUAAACAGAAUUGAAUGAAAAGAGUUAUAGACCAACUUAAACAUCAAUUCAUGUCGGUAAACUGGCUUUUGGGGGUAAUGAUCAUUGUUUUGUAUCUCAAAAGUAUUGAGUUUAGAAAUCAGUUGUAUGAUACUACCUUUGUAUGUCUGUCUUUUCCCGUGUAUUUUAAAAUAACUGGUGAUCUAUAAUUUAAUAAAAUUUUUCCUUGGUGUAAGAUUA